AUGGAUGACUGGGCUUUUAAAGCUGUUUUGGCACCAAUAAUUCAAAUUCAGCGCCUUAACAUGAUGCUCGGCGGCAAGCGCCAGCAUCACUUUGAGCCUAAACCUGGAAGUGCGCGCCUGUGCACAAGCAAUCUUGGAGAGACGCACCAGGAGGCAAUACCCAUGAACAAUCACUCAAUGAUCACUGAGAUUUUUCUGUUAGGAUUUCAGGAUCUCCACAAUUUCAAGAUCCUGGUAUUUUUUGUGAUCCUUUUAAUUCACAUAUUGACCAUUUAUGAAAAUGCCCUUGUCAUCGCAUUGGUAACAAUCAGCCAUGAUCUUCAGUCUCCCAUGUUCUACUUUCUCAGACAACUCUCCUUAUCUGAUCUCCUGCAGUCCAUGGUUAUUGUACCCAUCAUGCUCAGAACUGUAAUAAAUGAAGGAGCUAAAAUCUCCCUAAUUGGCUGUAUUGCACAACUUUAUUUCUUUGCUAUCUCUGAAGCGUUACAGUGUCUCCUUCUAAGUGUCAUGUCCUAUGACAGAUAUCUGGCCAUCUGCAAUCCUCUGCGUUAUUCUUUGCUAAUGAACCAAAAAUUCUGUUUUCAAUUAUUUGUCAUGUCAUGGCUGCUUGCCAUUGGUGUUCCAUUUGUUGCUCUCAUUUCUGCAGCUACACGAGAGUUCUGCAACCAAAAUACCAUCAACCAUUUCUUCUGUGAUUACUUUCCUCUUCUGGAGCUUUCCUGCUCAGACACCUUCUUGCCAUGGAUAUUGGCAAUUACAGUAUCUACUCCUGUUGUUCUUUUCCCUUUUAUACUCAUUAUGGUUUCCUAUAUCUGUAUUGCACAAGCAAUCCUAAAGAUAACGUCCAAUAUUGGAAGACAGAAAGCGUUUUCCACCUGCAGCUCUCACUUGGCCGUGGUCUCCAUAUUAUAUGGGACUCUCAUUAGUAUUUAUGUGGUUCCCACUCGAAACCAGUCGCAGACAGUUAAAAAACUUCUUUCUCUUUUAUACACUGUAGUGACUCCUUUUAUUAACCCGCUGAUUUACAGCUUGAAAAGUGCAGAUAUGAAAAAAGCCAUUAAAACUAUUAUACUAUAA